GGGAGCGCUUGGCGCCUUGCCAGCUACCAUCAGAAUUAGCUCAUUGUUCAAUAUAGGCAGGCAACCAAAGCCUGAGAGAUUUUCCCCUCUUGCUGCCCCCACCCCCUUUUCUUUCGGUUUUUUUCCCCUUCCAAGGCUGCACUGUGAAAGAGGUGCAGUCAUUCCUCCCCACACCCUCUUACCCAGCCCACUCUCCCCCCCCUCUAUAAAUUCUCUUCUUGUAGCAUGCUCCCCCUUUUUAAAUCCACAUUUGUAUUUCAGAUCAUGUAGAAAGGACAGAGUGAGAAGGGAACAGGGGCUUUUGUCUACUAUUCUUGUGCUACCAGAGGGAAAGUGCAUUCCCAAGUCUUAAUAGAAUCUGAGAAUGGUUUAUCGACCAAGGCUCACAGCCAGCCAGAAACACAUUCCAAUCAGCCAUGGGUAUGGAGGAUUUCUUCAGGACAAUCUGCCCAUCCCAAAGGAAGUUAAUCGCAAAAAGAAUGAAAAAUCUGAACCUCCGUUCCUGUCACCAGCAAAUGGCUACGGACACCAUUUCACCCAAAUCAAUUACCUCUCCUCUUUUUAAUCAUAACUCCUCAUUUGUAUUAAAUAUGGUGUAUGGGUGUUGAUGAGGUCAUCAUGGUGUCAUAUAUCGGGAAUUGUUUCUAUGUAAAUCAUAAGAAGAAAACUACGGGACUCUGAGCCUUGCUUUAGAGAAUUACAGUGGAAAAAUGUGUACCAUAAACCGGUUUUUAACCAUCCUGACUCAAGUAAAAACUCUCAGAAUUUCACACUGUGAACCCAAGUUUACAAACAUAUUACAGGUGGGCCUUCAGGCCUUGUUCUACCACAGCAAUGUCUUCCACUACUCAAACUCCACUGACCACAUGCAACUGGUAAACUGCUGCCUCUCCAUUUUCAUGAUUCCUAACUGCUUCUUGCAGAGGCUGAGAGUCCCUCUUUAUUUCAUUUAGACGUAACAAGCCUAGUAGUUUAUUUUCAUCGAUUGUCUGUAUAGCUCUAUAUUUUAUCCAUGUACUCUUUUGAUGUAUAGAAGUAGUAUGAAACUCAUGGUUUCCUUGUGGUAAGUGACUGAGAUGCUGCCACGGGAUUUGAGACACUGAUGAAUGGUGCUAUUUUGGACUUUAAACAUGCUCCUUGGCAAGGUAGCUCUGAUGGAGUUAUUUUUAAUUUCCAUGUUCUAAGAAGGUGUUGGUACUUUGUUCUCGUUCUUUAGACUGGACUGACUUGUUUCCUUGUGUCUUCAGUGUGGCUUUCUUAUUCAGUGUAGUAGGGUGAGUAAUUACUAAUACAGCAAGUGAGGAACUGAUUCCCACCUGGAUAUGCUCACAAGCUUGCAAUGGUAGUGGGAGCAAUCACAAAACUGUAAUUUACUACAAUUUUCCUCUUUGCCAUUUUGCUUACAUGAUUUGGAUAAAGAGCAGCAAUAAUUUUCUUAUGGUCAUUAGGGGUUGUUUUAAUGUUUUUGUCUUUUCUUUGUAAAAAAUUCAUUAGGAGGCAUAUUCUUCAAGGGGGCAGUAUGUUUGUAAGUGUCCUCUUAAAGUCAAUAAAAUUGGCUAUGUUUUUAAUAAAAACAGAAUUAAUUAUUUCUUUAAAUGUGUAGAAACAGAAUCUAUUCAAAAGCAAUGAAUCUAGUUCCACAGUAUUUCCAGCUUGUGGAUUUUACAUUUUUGUUCUUGCUCCCAGGGAAUUAGGAAACAAAAUACAAAACAAAACAGUACCAUCUACUCAUGGAAUGUUGCUGUGUUAGACACAGUCUGUAAGCCCACCUUAAUUUUUUUUAUAUAACUCUGUCCUUCAGCUCUUCCUUUUACUGGUCAGGCUUCGUCCUGAACUGUUUAGCUUCUGACUGUUAAAUACCAAUGCAUGCACUGAACUUCUUGGUUUCUCUCCCCCCCCCCCUUCCAUUCUUAUGCACUUUCUUUCUGGUAGAUUAGAUAAGUCAGUUGUGCUGUAUAUACAUAUAGCAAGAAACAGUAUUCAGCAGUUGUGGCAUUUAUGUAUAGUUGCAGUUGUGUACUGCUGAAAUGCAGGCUUUUGUAACAGUGUGAUCUUUAAUAAUGCACUACAAGUACCCAAUGUAUUUUAGCUCUUUUAGUAGGAUUUGUUCAAUAAAUAUGCAAGCUCUAAGAGUAA